AUGCCGCCGAACGCGAUGCCUCGCCGGGGGAUCGGCAUGCAACGGUCUGCCUCUUCCCGACUGAUGGAGGCAGAGCGAAUCUCAACAGGGGAGGAGCUAUGGGUAGAGGACCCGAAAGUGGUUUGGGCGCUGGCAUCACUGGUAUCUCAGCAAAACACGAUCCUCAAGGUUCGACGCAAGGACACCGGAGAUCUCGUGGACAUUGACCUGGGCUUUGGAGAAACUCACCCACACAACCCGAAGGUGGUUUCUGACAUGACCGCCCUACACCACAUCCACGAAGCCGGCAUCCUCUACAACCUGGGAGAGAGGGCAAAACUCGACAACCAGCGGCCCUACACGUUUAUGGGUACGAUCUUGAUCGCGGUGAAUCCGUUGCGGAAGGUCGCCGACCCGGAGAUGAGCAAGUACAUGAACCGUUCUCUUGAUCCGGAGGCGCCUCACCCUUACGCUAUCGCGGAGCUAUCGUAUCACCAGAUGAGGCUUGGGGGAGGCCGUAAGGCGGCGAACCAGUCUAUCGUGGUGUCUGGCGAAAGUGGAGCGGGGAAAACGGAGACAUCCAAAAUCAUUCUUCGGUUUUUGACGCACCGGUCAGUGGGAGGUGUCACGGGCCUGGAGCAGAAGGUGGUGGACUCUUCUCCGAUCUUGGAGUCUUUCGGUAACGCUAAGACCCUGAGGAACAACAACUCGUCGCGGUUCGGAAAGUUCUUGAAGAUGCAGUUCACCAAGGACAAGUACCGCCUGGCGGGGGCGUUCAUCGAGACCUAUCUGCUGGAGAAGAGCCGCGUGCUUACCCAGGGCAAGGGGGAGCGCAACUUCCACAUCCUGUACGAGCUUGUGGCGGGAGGGGCAGCCUCUGGCCUGGCCACGGAGCUCAAGCUCGGCAGUGCAGAGACGUACAAGAUCCUGGGUGAAAACGGGUGCAUCACCCUGGACGGUGUGGACGAUGUCAAGCAGUUCCAGAACGUUCAGAAGGCCUUCGACACCAUCGGGAUGGACAAAGACACUCAGUUGCAGGUCUGGAAAGCGUUGGCAGCAGUGCUGCACAUGUCCAACCUUCGCUUCGACAAGGCAGACAGCGAGCAGGGCGAGAUCGCGGCCAUCUCCGACCGUGGGGCCCUGGCGACGCUGGCUUCUCUGCUCGGGGUGGAAGAGGCUGUCCUUGAGAAGAUGCUGACUCAGAGGGUGGUGCAAACGAGGGUGGAGGUUUUCGUGAAGCAGCUAGAGGAGAACGACGCCAAUCUCACCCGCGACGCCAUCGUCAAGUCGCUCUAUGAGGCCUUGUUCCUGUGGAUCGUGCAGCUCAUCAACACCUCUUUGGGCAAGGGCGAGGAGAGCCUGCCGUUCAUCGGCGUCCUCGACAUUUUCGGUUUCGAGAACUUUGACACGAAGAACGAGUUCGAGCAGCUGCUCAUCAACUUCACCAACGAGAGCCUCCAGGACACCUUCAACAAGCAGGUGUUCAACAACGAGCUCAAGCUGUACGAGGAGGAAGGGAUCGACGUCGUGGUCUCCAGCUGCCCCGACAACACCGCUUGUCUCGUCAUGCUGUCGGACAAGCCCAAGGGCAUCAUCCCCAGCUUGGACAACGUGUGCGCGGAGCCCAAUCCCAGCGAUGCCCGCUACCUGGACGGGCUGCACAAGACCUACGCUCGUCACAUGGACUUCCCUCGCACGCAGCCCAAGGACAUGCGCGAUUGCUUCUGGGUGAAGCACUACGCCGGCAAGGUGAAGUACACCAUCGGAGGCUGGGUGGAGCGAAAUAUGGACAGCAUCCCGCAGUCCUUCAACGACACCCUGGCGACUAGCACCCUAAAGGUGGUCCAAGAGUCGGUCGCCUCUUAUGGCCAGGUGUCUCCUGCCCCAGCAAGCAGUGGUCGCCGAGGCUCGAGCCUUAAGAAGCCGACUGUGGCCAAGAGCUUCUUGGCGUCCAUGCGGAACCUCAACGAGACUCUUCUGGGAACGACGUGCAACUUCGCGCGGUGCAUCAAGCCCAACGCUGCCAUGAAGUGCGGUGUCUACGAUAACAAGUAUGUCGUGGAGCAGCUUCAGUGCCUGGGCAUCCUGCAGACGUGCGAAGUGCUCAAGGUCGGCAUGCCCACCCGCGUCACCUACACCGAUCUUAAAGAGGUUCUGGGAAGCAACGCGGCGGAGGCGGAGAAGCUCUUCGCUGGAGAGCCGGAAACAUCUCUCAUUGCAUCCAUCCUCUGGGCGUUUGAGGUCCCUUCAGAGGCGUUCCGGCUGGGCAAGACCCGCGUCUUCUUCCGCGCGGGUCAGAUCUCCACCCUUCAGAAGAUCCUCAACGAAACGCCGCCCGAAAAGGGGCCCUGGAUCUUCGAGAGGCUGCAGGAGGCUCUGGCCAACAGGCAGAAGGCCAAGGCUUCUGCAAGGGAAGCCAAGGCGGCUCUCGAAAAGGUCGAGAAGUCCAUGGCGGAGGCUAGAGCCGCUACUAGCGGCAUGCUGGAGCCCGACUCGGACGACGAAGACGGCCCGGACGUUUCGAGACGGUCGAGCAUGAUCGGUGCUCCUGCCGCCGUCAGCGAGGAGGACCUGGCCCCACUCGUGUUGGCGGCGAAGAAGGCUCGCGCGGCCGGCAGCACCGCCCCUCAGGUACAACAACUCCUGGGUGCGGUAGACGAAGACAAGAUUGGCACUUACGCCAUCGGGGUAAAGGAGCGUGUUGUUGCCGCCUCCGAGACGACGCUUGCGGACAUCGACGACGCCGCUACCAAGGCCUCCGAGUUGGAAGCGGACAUCAAGACGGUCAAGGGAGGCGACGAAGCGACCGCGCUGCGCAGGCUCGAGGACGGCCUCAACAGGCUCAAGGCCUCCUUCAAGGAGGUGAAGGCGCUGGCCCAGGGCGCCCAGGAGGCCGCCGACAAGUGCCAAGUGCAGAAGACGGAGGAGAUGGCUUCGGCCGCCACCGCAAAGGCCGCGGUGUUCGACGGACAGGCUCGCGUGGUGUUGAUCGGGGCCAAGACGGCGGCGCAGGCCUCCCAGUUGCAGAAGCAGUCGUUCGAGAAGGCGAAGGCCGCGGUGGGGAGCGUGGCGGCCGCUGGGCAGAAGGCGGCGGCUUCAUUCAGCGCGUUCAAGGUGCUGGUGAAGGCGGCGAAUGACGAGGAGGAGAAGGCAAAGGAGGCCAAGAUGGCGGAGGAAGAGAAGGCGAAGGCCAGGGAGAAGGAAGCGGCCGCUGCCGCCGCCGCUGCCGCCGCUGCCUCCGUAGAGAAGCAAAAGCAGGAGGCCGCCGCUGCCGCCGCUGCUGCGGCAGAGACAGAAAAACAACAGGCCGCCGCCGCAGCCGCCGCCAGUGCUUCGGAGAAACUAUCGGUCAUGGACAUCACGGACAAAAACGUCGACGAGGAUGGUCACGGCGACCUCGUAUCGAAGGCCCCGCAGACUCGCGGCUUGUCGCGCAGGCGCACGGCGUCGGUUAAGGAUCUCCUCGGCUCGCAGAUGAUCAGGACCCCGGAACCCAGCCCCCCUCCCAAGCAGAGCUCGGAGAACGAUGCCACCUCUUCGAAGAUGGUUUCGACGAGGCUUGGACCCAAGUCUGCGGCUGGCCGGAACCACUUCGAGACCGUGUUCCAAGAAGCAAUGGAAGGGGGCAUGAUGGAGGGCCACCUGAUGAAGCAGAAGAGGUUCACGGCACGAUGGCAGACGUACUACUUCAAGCUGGACGACGGUUUCUUGACCCACUACGACAAGAAGUCCCUCGUCGGGACACGCAAGCGCAAGACGCUUGAGCUGAAGCCUCACUCUACUACGGCCUUCACCAACACCAAGUGCUGCUUCUGUGUACGCACGGGCCAGAACGCAUGGUUCCUCAUUGCCCAGGACCACGACCAGAUGACGCAGUGGAUGACGGCGAUCAACGCACAGGUCUACAGCCUGUUCCUCAAGAACUUCACGCCGCCGGCGGACAACUACUGGGGCCAAGGGACGAAGGGGCGCUUCUUCUACGGCAUGCCCGAGAAUGGCGCAUCGCAGUGGAUCUACACACACCCGGAGGAAGGGGCGCCUCGCACCGGAGAAGGCGUCUUCCCCAUGGAAGUCGUCGAGGUCGUGCAGCUUUUGCCUGUGGGAGAAGACCACCUCUGGCUGAGGCUUGCCGAUGAAAGAGGGUGGACCUGCGGGAGGCACAGCAAGGACGGGGAGCCGUGCUUGGAGCAGGUGGCCGGGGACAUUGUUGAGGACACGCGCGUGUACGAAUUGCCGAGGAACCAAGAACAGGGUACGCACGUGCUCUGCGGUCCCGCCACAGCCUCCGAGGUCACGGGCGAGGUGCUGGACCCGGGAGACCGUGUUCAGGCGGUCGAGAAGUUUACUCCUGCGGGAGCAGACUCCGGUGUCGUGUUCAUCAAGCUGGCCGAGGGAAGAGGCUGGGUGCCGCUCAACAUUCGCGAUAUUUAGCGCUCGGGACAGAUGAAAUCCAUUCAACAAUGUUGGUCGAUUGAUUGCACGAGGAAAGAUCGAUCCAGAAAAGUUCAAUGGCACGAUGGUUACUAUACUAGGGGGCUACCGGAACAAAGCACGUCGUUGAGGGAGGGAGAAGGAGAAGGGGAAAUAAGGCCUGCUCGAACGGACACGUGCACCCGGUCAAGCGAUGCAUGCACGUCUCCAGUCGAUGGUAGGGAUAUGCGUGGUAUAGGCAGGCGCGUCGUAGAUAGCAAUCAAUCUCUUGGCACCGGCGGGGGUGGUUUGUGUCGGUCGUUAAGCGUGGCACAUUUGGCGGCGAUUCGCGUCAAGCCCUCCGUUGUCGUAGUAUUAUUCCUCUUAACAGUAGUGCAAGCGCGGUUCUGUAGUGGGUGUAGAACUAUGUCGCAUGACGCUGGUAAUAGGGUGAUAAGGGAAGGAUUCAACGGAAGGACACUAUUAAUACUACUGUUGUGUUUUUUGUGCAGUUCCACCGUGGUUGUGGCUCCGGCCCCCUUUGAUUUUGUCUUGGUUCAUGUACGAGGGGGAUAUUUCUUUUUGCUUGCACAACGCGCUAUGACUAUGACUAUGACUACCCCGGCGUAUCUAGUGUCAACCUAGGUUGCUUUCGUUCUUCGGGCAGCCUAUGCCUGUAUUGUUGCUUUCUAAUCCAGGAGAGCUCUCAGAAUCUACUAAUUGUAUUCGUACGUAUGCUACAGCGGUAGGAGCAUGGCAUGCAAGAAUUUUCCUGUUUGUUGGUAUAUCUCCCGUGUUUUGUCUUGUCUUACGUUUGUCCUGUCCUCUUCUCGUUUUGGCGCCGUCAGGCAUCCACAUCUCACAUCUCCCUCCCCGUGGCGGCAGCGCAGAGUAACGGUGUGUGUAAUGUAGAAUGCCGGUUGUUGAGUGGUGCACGUUGGUCCAGUGUGAGUGCCGGACAGUGCGCUGCGUGAAGCACCUAAUAAUUGAAAGAACAUCGGGUCG